UUUCUGAUUUUGAACUCCAUCGUGCCCCCUCUGUCUGUCUUCUUAUAGAACUUCUCUUAGAAGAUCAGCUUACUCUAUUUAGUAUUUACUCUGUAGUCACGGUAGGACACGACUAUGGGCUCGCGAAAUAGUACGUCUAGCUCAAACACUGUCACCGAUCACUCAGAUUACCAGAAUCGAGAGAUUGGUGAAUGGCUGUCUCCGUUCGAUUUCAUGGAGACACAAAGAGUCAUUUUACACAGUCGAGCACCGAACACUGGUUUGAAGCCAUUGCUAUCAGAAGCAUACGUACGAUGGCGAAAUGGAGAUGAUAGAACGCUUUUGAUGUCUGGAUUGCCUGGUGCAGGAAAGUCUAUGACAGCCGCUAGCGUCGUUCAAGAUCUAAAUGAAUAUUAUGAAGGCUGCAAAGUCGCGGUGGUCUGUGUUUUCUGUGACUUUGGACAAAUGCAAAUGCAAACCACAGACGCAUUGAUUGCGUCCAUGCUUCGUCAGCUUAUACAAGCCCAUGAUACCGUGCACUCAACUGUCGCUUCAAUGUACAUUCAUCACACUUCUCGAUCAACUUUUCCAAGAUCCGACGAAAUUGUCGCCUCAUUUUCUACUAGCGUUCAACAAUUCGAGUCUGUAUUUGUUGUUGUAGAUGCUUUGGACGAAUGUCCAGACGACCAAACCAGAUCUCAAAUCAUAUCUACGCUCAACUCCUUCCCUGUCAGCCUACUAUUCACUUCCCGACCCCAUCCCUCAAUCGAUCAGUUACUCGGAGGAUGCACACGUCAGGAUAUCAUAGCUGACAAGCAUGACCUGUGGAUAUACUGCGAAGAACGGUUCACUCUCAGUCGUGUUGGCCAGCUAUGUUCUCCUGAUUCUAAACAAGAAAUAUUGAAUCAAGUGGUCCAAAAAGUAGGGGGAAUGUUUGUGGUUGCGCGGCUUCUUAUGGACGCGCUAUUGGAGGCCCCCAACGUCAAAGAGGCACUUGGUAUAAUUCUGACCAUGCCGACCGGUCUCCAAGGAACAUACGGGAAAACCGUGCAACACAUGUGUGAAGGGACUAAUCCAGAAAUCAAGGACCUGGCCCUUUACUCGUUACUUUGGAUCACAUUUUCCCGUCGUGUACUUGUAUUUUCAGAACUUCAAGAAGCUGUCGCUACGUUGUUAAAGCCAGACAAUCCUGGCCAGUGCAUAACCAGUGAUAUCCUUACCAAGCAGUCUCUUCUUGAUGCCUGUGCUGGUUUGAUCACCAUUGAAGACAGGACAGACAAAGUUCGAUUGAUUCUCCAUGAAUAUCUCGUGAAAGAACAAGUCAAUCUAUGGACCAAUGUACAGCGCACUAUGGCUGUUACUUGUGUGUCCUACCUACGUUACAUCCUUCCCCGCUUGCAAUACAACUCUGAAGUCUAUGUAGAAGAGGAAAUCCGCAAUGCUAACAUUCAAUAUCCAUUUUUUGGGUACGCUCUGUUUGAAUGGGGUCAUCAUGUACACAGUUGUGGAGAGCUUAAGCUCGUGAAUGAAGUGCUCGCAUUGCUUGCGAGCGACACCCAUUGCACGCUCAGUCGAAUGCUCACUUUUGACGCAAUGAACAGCCCAAAAUGCACACCAUGGUCAGCGUUGCAUUUUAGCGCUCACUUUGACCUCGCAUCUACGUGUUCAGAAAUUAUCUAUCAACACCAGAAGCGUCACAAAAAGUUCCUCCGUUCCUUGUUCUUGUUCAAGCUUCGUAGCCGUGGAUCAGGUUCAAACAAAGAUUAUUACCUCGAUAUACAAGAUGACUAUGAGAGGACUCCUCUCAUGAUCGCGGCAUCCCGAGGAAACUUUGACAUGGUUCGGAUGUUGUUAGGUCACAACGUCGAUGUUGACGCAAGGGACCUUCAUGCUCGGACACCCCUUUCAUACGCCAUGGGGAGUAGGUCGAAAGAGGUCGUUGAGCUUCUUCUCAAACAGGGCGUUCAAGAUGUCAAUGCGAAAGACAUAUUUGGCCGCACGCUUCUGUUCGACGCUGUUGACAGCGGCUCUACGGACCUAGUUUUGUUGUUGCUUCAUUACCAUGAUAAUGUCCGACUCAAUGCAGAGGAUCAUUCAAGGCGAUCAGCUUUAUCACACGUAGCACAAUAUGGUUACAGCGAUGUGGUCAAAACACUACUUCAAGACGAAGGUAUCAACGUAAAUCAGAGAGAUGGGAAGGGUAUGGUUCCACUUCUGUAUGCAUCCAUGGAGGGACACGCACUAGUGACUAGGAUUUUGUGCGACAGGAAAGAUAUCUCUAUAAAUGCUUCAAAUGAUGAUGGCCGAUGCUCUCUUUCUUUGGCGGCACAACGGGGUUAUGAGAGUGUUGUGAAAUACCUCUUAGCCUCCCCGGAAAUAGACGUAAACCUCGCAGAUUUGAAACUUCGAACUGCUCUGUCUUUCGGUGCCCAACACGGAAGAACUGAAAUAGUUCGUGCUUUACUUUCUCGAAAGGAGGUCGCAGUCAACAGGAGGGAUAUUUUGGGCCGUAGUCCACUAUCAUACGCAGCUGACCAAACAACAAAAGAGAGGAAAUCGCGGAAUUGUCAACAUUCUACUUUCUUGUCCAACACUUUCCCUGAGAACUACAGCUGGUAGUCGCAGUAUCCUUUCAUAUGCAGCUGAAUACGGGUGGACGGAUAUGAUUGAAAAUAUGAUGGAACAUCCUGAAAUUGAUCUCAACGAGAAGGAUGAUCAAGGGAUGGAUGUGCUGGCAUACGCGACAAUGAAAGGCCACCUAGAAAUUGUCCACCUACUUCUGGCCCGAUACGAGACUGAUAUCACUAGCUCAGAUGUCCAUCAUAAGACCCCCUUGCAUCAUGCCGCAUCAUUCGGAAGCGAGCCGAUUGUAAAGCUCCUCAUAUCCAAACUAAGCUCAGCCUACAUAAACCAGCUGGAUGAUUUGGGUAGAUCACCUCUUUCCCUUGCAUCACUCAACGGCCACCUUGACGUAGUGAAAACGCUUCUUCCUUUGAAGGACCUGCAUAUAAAUUCCACAGAUAAGUCCGGGCUCACACCUCUCUUCCACGCUGCAAGCUCUGGGCAUCUCGAAAU